CACCCGCUAAAAAAGACCCGACGCCCACGCCUCCGAACGUGGCCUCUCGCUCUUUCUCUCUCUAAAACCUCCUCAAUUCACCACUCCAGAGAUCUUCGCUGCCUCACUGGAUUCUCUCUCUCUCUCUCUACACAUAUAUACAUAUAUACAGCACGCGGGUGCUUGUAUGUAUUGGUCUCGGAAUUGAGAGUUGACGGAAGUUCUGCGAAUCUGGAUCACAGGCAGGGGCAGGAGGAGGAGCAGCGUCCGCUGGAGGUGGUGGAAGAGCCGGCGAUGGCGGACUCGGCGCCGAAAUCUGAUCAGCCGAGCUCGUCUUCGAGUUCAUCUGAAGUCUCGGUGGCUUUGGAGAAGGGUAGUACCAGCGAAAAUGGUGGACACGGACGUAGCAAUGGCGGCGGUGAUGAAGAAGUGGUCAGGUCAGAAUCAGUUGGUGGUCCAACUUCCAAUGGUGCGGCCAUUGACUCUUCCGGGACUCAUGGUAUGGAAAUUUUAAAAGAAAAUACAAAACCUUCUGAGAUUUCAAGUCCCGAUAAAUCCAAGCCACCUUCUGGUAAUCCUAAGUUGGGAAGAUCAAAAACUGAGAGGCAGAAGCAUAACAUAUGUGCUGAAGAAGCAGCAAAAAUUUUUGACAACAAAAUUCCUGUCCAGAAGAAGCUCCAAUUAUUAACCAGAAUAGCUACGGUCAAAGAUGAUGGAACUGUAGAAUUUGAAAUUCCGGGAGAUAUUAGAGUGAUUGGAGAUGAAUCUGAAAAUGUAAAUACUGAUGUCGAGGACGAAUCUCUUGAUGCAACGGAACUUCAGUAUAUUCCACCAAUGCAGAUUGUAAUGCUUAUUGUUGGAACACGUGGUGAUGUGCAACCUUUUAUUGCAAUUGGCAAACGUUUGCAGGAUUACGGUCAUCGUGUAAGACUUGCAACUCAUGCAAAUUUCAAAGAAUUUGUCCUGACUGCUGGGUUGGAAUUCUAUCCUCUUGGGGGCGAUCCAAAAGUUCUGGCGGGAUACAUGGUUAAAAACAAAGGAUUUUUGCCUUCUGGACCUUCAGAAAUACCUGCUCAACGAAAUCAAAUGAAAGAUAUCAUAUACUCUUUGCUCCCAGCCUGCAAAGAACCUGAUAUGGAUACAGGGGUCGCUUUCGAUGCUGAAGCAAUUAUUGCUAACCCCCCUGCGUAUGGGCAUACACAUGUUGCAGAGGCUCUGAAGAUUCCAAUUCAUAUAUUUUUUACAAUGCCAUGGACGCCAACUAGUGAAUUUCCUCAUCCUUUGUCUCGUGUGAAGCAACCUUCCGGAUAUCGACUGUCGUAUCAGAUUGUUGAUUCCUUGAUUUGGCUAGGAAUAAGGGAUAUGAUAAAUGAUUUAAGGAAGAAAAAGCUGAAACUACGACCAGUCACAUAUUUAAGUGGUUCACAAGGCUCUGAAUCUGAUAUUCCACAUGGAUAUAUUUGGAGUCCUCACCUUGUUCCUAAACCAAAAGAUUGGGGACCUAAGAUUGAUGUGGUGGGGUUUUGCUUCCUUGAUCUUGCAUCAAGUUAUGAACCUCCAGAAUCACUUGUGAGCUGGCUUAAUGCGGGCCCAAAGCCAAUCUAUAUUGGAUUUGGUAGUCUUCCUGUUCAAGAGCCAGAGAAAAUGACUCAAACAAUUGUAGAUGCAUUACAAAGAACUGGUCAGAGGGGGAUCAUUAAUAAAGGCUGGGGUGGCCUUGGAAACUUGGCAGAACCAAAGGAUUCUAUAUAUCUGCUGGAUAACUGUCCUCAUGACUGGCUUUUCCCACAAUGUUCUGCUGUGGUGCAUCAUGGGGGUGCUGGAACAACGGCUGCUGGUCUUAAAGCUGCGUGCCCGACAACUAUUGUCCCUUUCUUCGGUGACCAGCCAUUUUGGGGGGAUAGAGUGCACGAUAGAGGGGUAGGUCCAUCACCAAUACCAGUCGACGAAUUUUCACUACCCAAACUGAUUGAUGCAAUCAACUUCAUGCUAGAUCCCAAGGUGAAGGAGAGAGCAGUUGAACUUGCAAAGGCCAUGGAGAAUGAAGAUGGCGUGACGGGAGCAGUGAAAGCCUUCCUGAAACAGCUUCCACGCAAGAAAUCUGAACCCGACCAGGUGCCUCCACCAUCAAAUUUCUUUUCUAUAAGAAGAUGCUUUGGUUGCUCCUAGAUCUUGAAUAUAAUGAUCCAGUUGUCUGUUGAUAUUUGUGUUACUAUUGUUAUUAUCAUUAUUUAUUUUUUCUUUUGGUUACAAGUAUCAAAUUCUUUUUUAGUAUAAUUACUUAUGGGGCCAAAUUAUUAGCUUCUAGACCAUCAUCUCCUAUGUUUAUAAAUAGCUUGGCUUUCCCCACCGUUGUAUUGGCCUUUUUUUUGUUUUUUUUUUUCUUGAUUAUUAUUGAAUGAGAAAUCAUUUUUGAGUUG